AUGAACGAAUUCAGACUGGAAAUGAGAAGGUGUCUAACCACCAGAGGGUCCAGCUGGGAACUUCCUGACUUGCGAGAAGGGAGAGUAAAAGCCAUCAGUGACUCUGAUGGUGUGAGCUACCCCUGGUAUGGGAACACCACGGAAACGGUGACCUUGGUUGGGCCCACUAACAAGGUCUCCCGGUUCUCAGUCAGUAUGAAUGACAAUUUUUACCCCAGCGUGACAUGGGCUGUCCCUGUGAGUGACAGCAAUGUACCACUGCUGACCAGGAUUAAGAGGGAUCAGAGCUUUACCACGUGGCUAGUAGCCAUGAAUAUGACCACCAAGGAGAAGAUCAUCCUGCAGACUAUAAAGUGGAGGAUGCGUGUGGACAUUGAAGUGGAUCCCCUGCAGCUCCUGGGGCAGCGAGCACGACUAGUGGGAAGGACUCAUCAGGAGCAGCCCCGGAUUCUGAGCCGAAUGGAACCCAUCCCGCCAAACGCACUAGUGAAACCCAAUGCCAACGAUGCCCAAGUCCUCAUGUGGAGACCUAAACGAGGCCAGCCUUUGAUAGUGAUACCUCCCAAGUAG